AUGAUUUUCUAUGCUAUAUUCUUCAAGUUUGAGGACAUACAUAGAAUGGUAUAUGGUCACAAGCUCCAGCUGCACUUUAGAUUGCACAAUAUUUACGUGGUUAAGAAAAGAAGACGAGUUGUGUUCACCGUAUCUAGAGAUGCCGGUAUCUGUGUAGAACGGCCAGGCUAUAGUUCGAACACGGGUGAGACGUUUCAACUGUCGCCUGGAGGUUACUUCUGUGGUUGGGUACCACGGCGGGUAAAGACUGAGUCGAGUCAGAACAAGCUGGUUCACGGUGUUCGAGUCGGCAUUACACUACUACAACACAUGAAGGCUACGUCAUGGACCGGCAUAAACGUCGGCCAAGCCCCAACGACUGAAACAAUGGCAAGUGGCAACCGGAACUCUGGCCGUCAUAAUCGCACAUCCGGAAGAUGGGAAGCUCGUUUGGAAACGCGAGUGGCGGCCGGUCGCUGGCCUUGUUCUACGUUGGAUAUAGAAAUCCCGCACAGUUGUCGUUAUUCGUCGCACCAAGUAGUUGAGGUUUCUGACUUCCGCAGAUAUGCAAAGGAAGCAUAUGAGCACAUAAUCGAUCUCCUAAUUGACACUAUUACAGGCAUGGCAUCAAUCAUGGCAGUGCAUCAUUUCCGGGAUAUGCAACAAGUCAUCGUUUUUAUAUUUCUGUUAAAUUUGCAAAUCCUGAUGAUUUCGUCACUGCCGAUUUAUUCGCCGGAUAGGUCUCUCAACUAUAGCAAUAUCGCGCCCAAGGAGCGCCGAACUGAGGCCUGCCCUUUCCCCUCGGAUGCCAAAUACCGCUGCGAUGAGGAAUUCGACUGCCUGGACUUUGCUGAUGAGCGCGGAUGUGGAAGUUGCCAAGGCAAAGAAUUAUCUUGCACCGUCAACUCACGGCCUCGCUGUAUAUCCGACACUCGAGUGUGCGAUGGACGUCCUGAUUGCGACGAUGGCAGCGAUGAACACCUUUGCAGUCGUUUAAUUAGUGACCUGAACAAUUACAAGGAGCACGAGCCUGUGCGUAGGAAGGGUUACGUCCAAGUUAAGAGAAAUAACAAAUGGCAAAUGAUGUGUUUCGCAAUAUUCUCACAUGCCAACUACGCUCAUCAUCGUAAAUUUCUCCUUGAUGUAUGUCAGGAUAUAGCUGGUAGUUCUAGAUGCGGCAAGGAUACUCUAAAAGUCCUUAAUAUCCAUAAAUAUAUGUCGUCAAAAGAGCCGUCUCAAAUAGACUUCUUAGAAAUGAAUUCACAAGGAAAACUUGUGGAAGAUUCAUUCUGCUCCACGUCCCUCAUCGGUUACUUGACGUGCGCUCAGCCUUGCGGGGGUGACCGAAGAACACGCAGGGACGCCGGCGACACUCCCCCAGGCAUGAACAGCUCGCUUGGCGCCGCAGUCCCGCCGGCGAGCCACACAGCGCCGCAACAACAGGACGCGGACCAGGACGACGACGCUUACUGGGAGCAGAUGUCCCAAAGGUUCCUGAAUCAGGAGCAAGAGCAGGGCGACAUGGAUUCACGAAUAGUAGGCGGUACCAUUGCAGACAGGAAGGACUGGCCAUUCAUCGUUUCCAUAAUUUACGGGGGUUCUCAUUUUUGUGGCGGGAGCAUCAUCACUGCAGAAUGGGUACUGUCAGCUGCCCAUUGCUUAUACAGUUUGAAAACCUCACUGCAUUGGCGUGUGGUCGAGGUACAGGCUGGCAUGAUUAGACGGUUCUCCUGGUCGCCUUACGAGCAAACGUCAACAGUGUCUCAUGUCACAUUCCACCCUGGAUAUAAUACGUUAUCUUCAGACAACGACAUCAUGAUGAUGAAGAUGACAACUCCAUUCCACUUUAACAGGUGGGUGCAACCUGUUGCUUUGGCAAAUAGACACGAUGUUGUAGACAAGAUGUGCAGCGUGGCAGGCUGGGGCACUCUUACGGAAGGCGGAGCAUUACCCAACGAAUUGCAAGAAGUGGAUGUUCCAUUACAUGAUAGGUGUCCAAGAUUUUACAGAGUGCCUGACCAGCAUUUUCUGUGUGCUGGUUAUCGUCAAGGAGGGAAGGAUUCAUGUCAAGGAGAUUCCGGAGGGCCCAUGAUAUGUAAAAGCAAUAAGAAGGGCUGGGAAGUAUAUGGUGUGGUCUCCUUCGGUCUUGGUUGUGCAAGAAUGGGUCUUCCAGGUGCCUAUACGAAAGUGCCUUUUUACUACAGGUGGAUCCAGGCAGCGAUGGCUACGAAUUCUCAGGACAUGUUUUCACUUCAUCAAUCGUGUGGCGAUACGUGCUGGCUUAGGAUGGGGUCAUGUUUACACUACGCUGAUUGUAAUGAUAAUUGCUGGGAUUUGAAUAGAAGAUGCAUUUCAAAAGGUAUGAAUAUCAGCGCUACAAUCCCUCCGUUUCAUAAAUCAGCAACAUUGUCUCCACCAGAAGAGGUUCAGUUUACAAAACCUUGUCCGGUAGGCAUGUCGUCAUGCACAGUAUCCGACGAAUGCUACUUUCCAAAGCAAAGGUGUGAUCGGGAGGUUAACUGCAAUGAUCUGUCCGAUGAACUGAACUGCACCUGUCUCAUGCGCACUGCAAAUGAAUAUCAGUGUGAUGGGUACCCGGACUGCCCUGAUUUCUCGGAUGAGCGUCAUUGUGUGAAUAAAGACGAAGGAUGCAGUGAGGGAGAAAUGUGGUGCACAAAAGCAGGGACACCAACCUGUGUUAAUAAGGAUAAACAGUGUGAUGGACUACAAGACUGUGAUGAUAACUUGGAUGAACAUCUGUGCAUGCGCCUGGUCUCCGACACGCAUGAUUCUAGUGAUUCAUCAUUCAUCAUAAAGCAAUCAGGCUUUCUGCAAAUAAGGAGGAUGGGCCUUUGGCUGCCUUUUUGUUCAUCCCGGCUACAAAACUACACUGCUUUAGUAAGCAAAGUGUGCAGCGAUAUAGUUGGACAUGAAAACUUACAUAUUUCCCACCUGAAGCCCAUCCAAACUUCGAACGAACUAAAAUCGCAGACUUGGACAAGACUUUCAUUCCGCAACAGCAGUCUUGUUGUGGUAAAUGCAUGCGACAGCAACCUCGGCCUCCUGAUAGCAUGUGCUGAACCCAAAUGUGGAAGCCAGUAUGCAUAUCAUAUCGGGCACAAGAGUGCACAAUCUGGGCAUUUACUCGGAUCAAAAUAUUUCCUCGGUUUGGGUAGCAGGGCAGGGCUGGCUAGUGAUAUGGUCACUUCGAAUGCUGAACCGGAGAUGUGGGGUUUCUUGGUGAUGAUAUUGCGGGAAGGUCUGCCUACCUGCCUUGGCUCCAUUCUCGACUCGAGGUGGAUCUUAACAGCUGCUGUGUGUGUUGAAGAGUACGACCAGUACUUCUAUGAGGUCAAAGCUGGAAUGUUGCGAAGGAAUUCAACGUCUCCCUAUGAACAGAUUUCCAAUGUGAAUGAAAUCAUUAACGGUCAACAUGGAGAGCUUGCCCUCCUCAGGCUAGCAAUACCACUCCAUCUGAACAGGUGGGUGCGAUUUGAACCAGAGAAUGUGAUCUCUAGAAUUGCGAAUGGCUGA